CUUGCUCCAUUCUCAAGUGAGGUCACAAUUCAGAAAAUAUGUCGAGCUCCACAAUAGCAAAACACUACACCCGCCUCCUCACCCUCUGGCCCAAAGACCCCCUCCGCCGCGAACCCUUCACCAAGGUCAUCGAGCGCCGCGCCGCACCCUACGGCGUGCAGCCCUUGCGUUCCCCUGAUUCCAAGAGCGCGACAAACGUAAAGUCAGAGGGAAACCGAACAGCUGCAGCGUUAAACCCUUCGCGCGAGCUUCCCCAAGUCAACGCACUCUACUCUCUGCUGUCCAACCGCUACUCUACGCUGUACCCUACGUCGCCGGCUUUGCUGAAGCCGGCGAGUAACCCGGAGCAUUAUGACAGGUUGAUAGCGGAUAUUGAGAGGGCGCCGAAUAAGAGCUGGUUGCAGGCGAUGUGGGAUAACUGGAAGAUGAAGAUUCGGCGGAGCUGAGGAAGAUGAUGGGAUGAGGAAAGGGAGAGAAGAGAUGUAAGAUUUAUACGGGCUACGAAGAAGAUCUUCUGUUGUUUUGAUAUAUUGCGGAGAAGGGAUUUCUCAAUGCUCCCGAAGGAGGAAUAUGGAGGAGAAACUACGGACAAUGAAGCCCGAAAUACCAGAAAAAGAUCCGUCCUCGGAAAGAGAUGAAACAGCGUCCUGCAUAGUGCGGUAUUCAAGGACGGCCACAUGUAUAAUACAUGUAUUAUCAGCCUGUACGAGUGGAGAGUUCACCAUUAUAGGGUAGAAACCCAGCAGGGAAGCAAACACGGUAGCGUAAACAGUUAGUUAGUCUCUGGAACUGACUAAAGAAUUUCAAUCAAAAGUAUAAA